CUUUGGCCCAUGCAAACACUUCCCUCCAUCAUCGCCAACAACACCUACCAGGACAACCAUCAAAGCCAUUAGGGCACCUAACAGCGCAAUGGCCACCAUUGGUACCACCACCACCACCACCGGCACCACCACUACUACCGGCACCACCACCACCACCGUCUCAACAAGCAUAUCAGGAGCUAAUAUAACACCGACUCUGGAACCUGAGGUGUCGCGACCAAAAACAUCGCCUCCUGCCGAAGGCCUCCUUUCACGAGGCCAGGAAGGAACGUCAAAAGAUGGCGACAAAUUGGCCUCUUCCACUCAAACAGAGAGCAAUAGCCAAAGCUCCGAGAUACCCGUGGGGGAGCUCAUCCAUGCUAUACGGCAAUUGACUGAGGACGAGGCCCUCAAGGAAGAUGAGAGAGCAAACGAGAAGAUCAGGCAGAAAUGGCAACCUCUGUCCAAAAUCCACCUUGCCUGUCGAAAUGUCACUCGCACUCUCCGUCAAGACGAGUCCACCUCGAACCAGUCCUCUGAAAGUCAGCUCGAAGCAGAAGUCCUAUAUGGCGACCAAGACGCUCAACCUUCAUUACUACGUCAAAACACAUCCAGUCCUGCCCUCGAUCAAUGCUCCUCAGCCGCGAGUAUGACCAGCGCAGGAAAUGCGGAAUCGGCUAUUGAAAAUACAUCCAGCACCCCUUACAAGGCAAAACGGAAGGAUAAGAGCUCAAAGAAGGACGCUAUGUUGAUUGAGAUCGAGCCACCUAAACUCGUCGACGCACAAUCGGUACCAGGAGACCGACGAUUUUUCCAGUGUUCCAAGGAUCCGGAACCCGAGGGCGACUUCGUGUACGAAUUUUUGUACCAGCAUCAGCGGGGGGCUUUCAUUUUGGGAACACCCAAGUUCAGCUCGAAAUCACUUUUACCAAUCGAUCCGGACGAGUGGACGGACUCUACUUUUAAGACAUCGCCUAUGGAUACUACGGACUAUGUUGUACCAGAUCCAAGCUGGGAAUGGGUCCACAAGAGCUGGCUAGUCGAUAUGACAGGAGACGUAGACGAGGAUGGAUGGGAAUAUGCUAUGACAUUUCAUGGGUCGCCAUGGCAUGGCAACAACGAGGCGUUUAGAUCAUUUGCUCGGAGGCGGCGCUGGCUUCGACUUCGGAGGAGAAAGGGCAAAUUGCUUAAUGCAUUGAGUCCACUACCGGAGAGGACAUACCCCAUCUCGAUUAAACCAGCGGCGUGGGCCAAACCCGACAUCUCACGGUUGGAUGAUACUUCGCCUUUCCCACCGGAUGACUCGGCUACAACCUCGGAGGGGCACUUGAGGCCGCUCAAUGGCAUUAAGCCCGUGGAUCUCUUUAAGUUCAUGAAGAAGGCUCGAUCAGAUCGCGAAAAACUGGCAUAUGCAGCGCAGUACGUGGUGCGGUAUCCUGGCCAUCUGGAGGAUCUGGAGCAACAACUGGACCGCUACUUGAACCUUUUGGACUACGAGACCUCACGUCGGGAGUUUUUGUCUCUGCUCGCUGCCUACUCUGGAGCAAAAGAAUCUACAUUACUGAAGGCGGCGGAUCACCUUGAAUAUUACUCUGAUCGCAAACGACUCAUUUCGGGCACAGAAGACCAAGACAGUCGGCCGCAGGCUCAAUAGUCUGGAGAGCGACUCACCAUGACACGUUUAUCGCCUGCGCCUGGAGGCUGGAACUGAAUCAUCGAAUAAACAAGCCACGAUGUUUGAUCCAACACCCUAUCAUAAAUGUUCUUGCACAAAACCAGGCACACCCA